AUGUGGAGGGACAGGAGGGAGGCGUGGGCAGAGAUGAAGUCAGCCUUCCGUGUGGUAGACUGGCAGUUCCAUAAUCCAGCAGUGAUCCAGAAGGUGUCAGUGGAGUUGAGUAUUUUAGCUGGAGACACACUGCUGGUUCAUGAGCAGGUCUGUGCGGACUGGUGGUGGGCCGAGCAGAGCGGCUGCUUCGGCUACGUUCCCUCCGCUUUCCUCCACCGAGGAGUCGAGGGCAUGGAAGAUGCCUGGCAGGAUAAGGAGUAUUUCAGCAGCUAUGGCACUCUGAAGCUUCACCUGGAGAUGCUGUCUGACCGGCCGCACACCAAAACCUACAGACAGGUGAUCAUGAGCAACAGCGCCACCCUGAGGGGGAAGGUGAUGGAUUUGGGGUGUGGUACUGACAUUAUCAGCCUCCUCUCUCUCUCUCUCUCUCUCUCCAGGAUUGAACAGCACACUGCAGUGUAUGCGGUGGAGGCGAGCUCGGUGGCCGAACACACUGAGAAACUGGUGAAACUGGAUGGGUGUGGUGAGGUUGUGAUGGUGUUUCGCUCCAGAGCUGAAGAUCUGAUGCUUCCAUCCAAGGUGGAUGUUCUCGUCUCGGAGUGGAUGGGGACCUGCCUACUGUUUGAGUUCAUGGUGGAGUCGGUGCUGCGUGUGCGGGACCACUGGCUGAAGGAUGGAGGGAUGAUGUGGCCGUCCUCUGCCUCUCUGAGCCUCGUUCCCUGUCAGGCCCAUGCUGACUACAGCCGCAAGAUGGAAUUCUGGGAAAAUCUUUACGGCCUGGACUUCAGCUGUCUGCAGUAAGGAAAUGCCAGUCGCUCUAUGUAUGACCGCCCUGACACACUACAGCAACUAUGGGAAGACAACUGUCUCUCCACUCCCUGUGAUGUCAUCACUCUGGACAUGCACACCGGCAUGUCUGAUCUGGAGAAGAUGAGCAGAGAGUUCAGAUUCACCAUAGAAAGAGCCGGAACUCUGCAUGGCUUCACUGCCUGGUUCAGCACGUUCUUCUGUAGUUUAGAGGAGGGAGGAUCACCGCCGGAGCUCGACACCGGACUGAGUACGCCGGCCCCUCACUGAUUAAAGUCGACGCACUGGAAACAGACUCUGCUCAUGUGGGACGGACCAACUGGAGUUGAGGAAGGUGACUGUGUGGGCGGGGCCAUCACACUGCAGAGGAAUCCUAUUUGGAGACGGCACAUGUCAAUCACCAUCGAGUGGAGAAUAAAGAGGAGGAACGAUACGACUUUCUGUGAGAAGCAGUCGAAGCGUUUCCCCGUGUGGAGGUGA